UGAUACGUGUGUAUGUGUGUGCGUGUGUGUGUGUGUAACAUUGUGCGUGCGUUGCGUGAGUAUGCAAUGCAGCAAAACAGCUGAAGCGCUGGUAGAUCAUAUUUUCUCCCUACCACGCAUUCAACAAACAAACCGUACACAAUUUCCCUGGAGAUCAAGCUCAUGGAUCGGUAGCUGUUAUUUGGUAGAAGAGACCGCAAGAGAAUUGUGCGUAAAAAGCAGGACGGGUCGCAUCUGUUCUUGGCAGUCUUACUGGUCUACACGUCACAUGAGGCCGCGUGCAAUUGUUUUGCAAAGACAGUGUGUGUUGUGAAAACAUAAUAAACAUUAACGGAACUGCACACGCUUUACUUCGAUUGGCACGCAAGCUAUAAGCGCAAGAAAGCUUCGUCGAUGAACCCGUGUCAAUAGCUUUGUGUGGAAUCGUCAUAGAAGGUGCUCCCUUCGCGUACAGCCCAUCCAAGGGCAGGCUGGGGGAGGGGAGGCGCCAGCAAAGUUCAUUUAAUUAAAUUAGUGGCAGUAAGGGCAAUCGAAGCGCUCUGCACAAAACACCCAUCCUCCUUGCGACGAUUGCCGAACGUCUGUAGUGGCAGCAGCAUGAACUCGAAGCCAGCAGCUCCACCACCGAACGGAGCAGCGGUCCAGCAGCCACAUGUCCCGUACAACAUCGACUGGAUAUUCCCGAGGCUGAGACGCCCGAAUCGAUUAUGGCACAUUGCCAGUACGGGAGUGAUUGGUUUGGUUGGAUUCUUCUCCAAAAUCGUCAUCGUUUGGCUUAACAAAGCACGCGUACACAAUAUCGAUGUUUUGGAGAAUGCGCUCGAGAAUCGACCCAAAGGAAAAUCCCUGCUGACCGUCUCCAAUCAUCAUUCGUGCUUCGAUGAUCCAGGCAUUUGGGGACUACUUGACAGCCGUUUGCUUAAGCUGCGAAAUGUCUGCAGCAAGAACGUAAUUCGAUGGUCAAUGGCAGCGCAUGACAUUUGUUUCACCUGUAAGGCACACUCGCUGUUCUUCAUGUACGGGAAGUGCAUACCGGUGGUGCGAGGUGCCGGUGUUUACCAGCCGGCCGUAGAUCUGUGCAUCGAAAAGCUUAAACUUGGACACUGGGUGCAUGUGUUCCCGGAGGGGAAGGUCAACAUGACUAAAGAAGAUCUCAGGUUCAAAUGGGGCGUUGGGCGAAUAAUUUACGAAUCACCCGACCUGCCUAUCAUCAUCCCUAUAUGGCACAUUGGAAUGGACGAUGUGUUACCCAACGAACCGCCAUACUAUCUACGAAUGGGCAAGAAACUAACAUAUAACUUCGGUAAUCCGAUCGACCUAAGCGCUCUUAUGGAACGGUUACGUUCUUCGCCGGUAAGCGAAGAGGAAGCGCGUAAGAUAAUUACUGAUCGCAUUCAGGAUGAGAUGAUGGUACUUAAACAAGAAACGGAACGAUUGCACUCGGACUAUGUAAAGAGCUGAGAUCGUAAUGGCCGGGCAACAGACGGACCAAUAAGCCUCACUAAUGAACAGAAUGAUCGGCAAGUGUCUUCCAGAGACUCAUGACCAAGACCUUACCUGUACCACACCAGUUGUUAGUGCUUGCUUUACCUUCAUCGAACCACUAGCAUAAUUAGUAGAAUAGGGGUUACAAUUCAGAUUCAGAUUUAAAGUGCAUUUUAGCGUUUACGAUCAGGCGAAGCAACAGUAAGCUGUUGUGCGUAGAAUUCGUUGGAUAAUCUAGUCAAAUAGAAACCACAAGAUGCUAUAUUACCGGUCAACAGAAAGCACGAUAGUGCCACGUGAAUGGAGCAUGAAGCUUGCGGCGAUAAGCAAAGAUCUCGGAAUCAGAUGGCCUGAAGGUGACCCUUACGAUGACGAGUUGCACACGUACUUCGAUUGAACGAUGCACGAGAGUGAACCUGACGUCCAGCAUUGAGUAUUUUCAAUUAUUAGUUUUUAACGGUAGUUUCGAUUAACGCGAUAAGAUUUUCCAACCACACGACGUGGAAGAUGACGGCGUAUUCGACCUUUCGAUAGUUCCAUCUGCUUACGAGAAACGACCUGCGUUUGUGAGAAGCGAUAGCGAUCCCGGUUUUGGACGCUCCUUACAGAAUAAAUGUUAAAACGAUUCAAAUUAAAAACACAA